AGUUUUCCAAACAAUUCGACAUGGCCAACAUGGCGGACGGCGGAAACAUGUGACACAUGUUUGCUGUAUGCUGAAUACGAUGGUGAGAUAUAAUUCGCGGUAGUCUCAGUUUAAGUAAUUUUGCCGAGUUUCAGUUAACGUAUUUGUACAAAAAUGACCUUGGCGAGGAAUGUCCAUUGGUGUUUAUAAUCUAAAUCAUGAGUGGCUUUUCUCCCAGCUUUCUAAUUUAAUUUGCCCUUUAAAAUUACUUUAGCUUCAUGAAAGUUUAAGCUAUCAGUACUAAUACUAGAUUUAACUUUUAUUUCUGAAUAAUAAUCUUAAACCAAUCUAAACAUAAGUAUCUUGACAAUCUUUUCAGUGAUUACCCCCCCAUCCUUGUGAGCAAUUGCAAGUUUGCAAUUUAUUGCAAUAUAUUUAAGUUGAAAUGAAAGAAAACUUAAGCUGGCCUGAAUUUAAUGGCCACUGACCUUCUUGUGAUGUAGCUGCUGAUCCUGCCUUAUACUAUAUAUUCUGACAUAUAGAAAAAUGUGCUGCCGGGCGCAGCAUAGCCUGAUUAAACAGCAGACAUUUUGGUCCACUGGUUGUUUCCAGGUGAAAUGAUGUCUGAGAAAUGAGUGCAACAAUUCCAUUCCAUCACUAUUCAGAUCUGGGUACUGUAUCUAAUUGGUUGAAGCAAAUCUCCCAUGCGGCACAACCAAUCAGAAGCACCACCCAUAUCUGGGUGGUCAACACUCUACGUUGCGACCAUUUUGGUUGCCAUGGCGUCUAAAAUUUAGGAGCUGGCGACGUGAUUUUUAAAAGAGUCUCCCUAAACCAAAAGAGUUGGUUGACAAAUGGCGACCAAGCAAAAACUUUAACUUGGAGGGUUGGACUGGUGAAGCGUCAUCAGUAUCGAAUUUCUGUGCUCAUUUCUUAGAUGUCAUCUUGCAAGGAAACCAGUGGUGGUGUUGCAGAAUGUUGCCUGUUUUCUCAGGCUAGCAGCAACAGCCAUUACAGGUCUUUACGAUUGCUCACAUGCCUGCAAGUUGAACUCAAGUCAACUUCUCAGGCUACCUUCUUGUGGUUAAGACUAUGAUUGCCUCUGUUGCCGGUGACUUCUGUUCUCAUAUCAAAACAGUAUCCUAGGCAGCACUGGAAGUUAUUUCAUAGGUAGGCUGACAGCAAUAUAUGAGAACCAGAAAGACACUCCCAAAAUGUUUAUCAGUUUUGCAGUCAAUGAUUUUUUAUACUGGUUAUUAAUCUUUUGUUUUAACUCUAGAUCAAAGACUCAUUUCUAAAUGGAAGGUGAACAAAAUGAGCAUGAUGAUGGUGAUGCUACCCAAGAUCAGGUGGAUAACGAAGAGAGAUUAUUAAUAGAUAUUGAUGGCGAGGAACGUGUUAGCGGUGAUGGUGAAGAGGAUAAGGGAGAAGGCAAUAAAUUACCAAACGCGCAGCCAAUUGUGACAGGGGACAGUGGAUCUGUUAGUUCAGAGAGUUCAGAAAAUGAGAGAAGCAGGCCACCACAAGUCAACUGUCCUGAGUAUAUUGUAAGUAUGGUUGCAAUGAUAGGGACCUUAAGAUAGGCUGCUUCCAUGUACAGGGAGGGAUAAAAUAACUAUAGCUAUCCGUUAUCUGGAAAUAAACAUUGACUGCCUCUUUCCCUGGUGAAAUGGCUAUGCUAUAGCUAGCAGGUAAUGUAAUGAUGCCAUUACCACAUUUAUCAGGGAAAUCAUGGUCGCGUGUUAUAUAACUACAUGGAAAACGUCUUUGCCUACCCAUACCUGUGGGUGAGAAUGGUUUAUCUUAAUGUCCCCCAUUAACUCUACAGGAGUAAUGACUUAAGCACAGAAUUGACCCAAAAAAGCCGUUUAUCUCUGACAUAGCCCUUUUAAGUAUCAAAAAUGCUAAAGAUUGUUACAAGCAUAUAAGUGAAGAGGUCUCACCUGUUCUUCAGAUUUUGUGCCUGGAUUUGUCACCAGAAACCAAGUCAAUGUCCUUUCAGUGUAAGAGUGUUCCAGACAGGUAUGUCAGUAUCCCUAACACAUAAUUAUACAAGUAUUCUUUUCCUUUAGGUUAUUAUGGUCACCUUGGGCUCAUUAUUAUGCGUGUAUUUAAAGCAUACAGUGAAUUAUUCACGAAGUACAAUGACUGAUAUCGACAAGCUUAUGAGAUAUUCAUAACUGGAUAAAAGAUGAGUGCAUAAUUUAGAGUGUUCACGUGCACGUGACAUGGAGACUACGAGCAAAAUGUUUAUUAAAAAGUAGCCAACAGGCUUUGAAUCAAAACCUGCUUCAGCGAUUUUUGAAUCAAUAAAAAUGAGGAAAUCUUUAGAAAUUUCAAUCAAAUUUAAUACCAAAACUCUUUGUACAUUUUUUUGUAACGUAUAACGCUAGUCAUAAGACAAAUGGAGUUACAGGGGUCAAAUAAUAAAGCCAAAAAGGCAACUAAAUCAGUUCAUAUCAGAAAACACAGGAAUACAUCAAAGGUAUUAGUCUCCUUCACUUAUUUUAAAGAAGAAAACGUCAAAAUGGUAUUCAGCAUUUGCAGACCUCAGUAUUUUAUUUCUCAUACAAUGUAUCAAAGGUCACCUUUAAAGUGAAAACAACUCUCUUGUGAGAAAUAUAGGAUAUUACAUGGCUGCGCGGAGAUACAAAAUUUCUCUUCGAGUGUUGAAAAGUACACAAGAAGAGAAAUUUCGUAUCCGCAAGCGGCCAUGUACUGUUCUAUUUAUUAUAUAAACACCAAUGAAAUACCAAACCAUUUCACUUUGAUAGUUUUUCGGUGAGAAAGGCGCGAUUUAUUAUGUGGCCAUAGCAACAGUGAUAUUUUCACAUGGGAAGAUAACAUGUUAUUUUCACAUGUGAAGAUAUCAAGUUUUCACACGAAAGCUCACCUGGUAUUUCAUUGGUGUUUAUAUAAUAAAGUAAAUUACAUUCCACUCUUGUAAUGGGAGCUUUGGAUGCCUGUGGUGCAAGUUGAGAGAAAAUCUGUCUGUUCUUUUUCCAUUCAAGAAAUUUGAUCUACUACUGUAACUGUAACUAUUACAACUGUUCUGUAACUACUGUAGCUUGCUUGGAGGUCUCAUGUGGAAUAAACUAUCGUAAAGAUCAGGUUGGACUAACAAAAUGUAAGCUGAGUCAGGCCCCAUUGGAUUCAUAAUCACCUCAAGAAUGGUUUAGUUUUGCACAGUGUUUUAGUCUCAAGGGUCCCUACCCAGCUUGAAAUAGAAAGAUCUUUAGCAUCUCUCAUAAAAUUAAUACUGUAUUGUACUGUGAUAAGUGCCAGGGCCCUUAUUUAAAAUUAUAGCUACAGCUAUAAAAUGAGGGCAUUCAUUGGAAGACGGAGGUUGACCAAAGGGGCCAAAGUUUAAGCGUAAUGGUGCUUGUUUAAUAUUAUAGCCUAGUGGGUUGGGUGCCUAUUUGGGGGAGGGAGCUUAUUAGAGCAUGGGCACCUCAAUUCCAGGAAACACAUUGUUUUGCAUUCUAUUAUAUGAUAAAUUAUCAAUGAAAUAAGGUGUACAGUGUACUAAUAUUAAUUACGAUUUCAUAGGUCAAUAUUUCAACUUGUCCAGAGAUCAGCAGGGAUCUUUGUGAAAACCAAGUCAAAAAUGAACCCCCUUCACCAGUUUUCCAUCAUGGUUCUAGAUGAUAAGGCUUCUUGGGUAAGCUCUCUACUGUUAGGUUCAGUCAAAGCCCCUACAUUCAACAUAUUCAGAUUUCUACAGUAACCAUAAAUUUGCAAAGUUGAAGUUUUGCCAUGUACAUGUAUGGGCCACGCCCUGCACUCAAAAUAAUGAUUUGUGUCAUUUCUUCACACUACCGAUCUUUCUCUCAUAAACUUUACAAUACCCAGGCUAAACUGCUUGAAACCCCUACCCUUCACAGCGGCAGAUCCAGGGGAAGGGGCUUAUUAGAGACAAUUCAAAAAUUUAUGCUGGACUUUGUUUAAUGACCAAAUUUCAUUUGCAGCUCUGUGAGAUAGUGACACAAGUGCUUACAAGUAAUUAAUACUUAUUUGCAUUUCACCUUUAAGGUAUUAGAAAGCUACUUUGAUUAUUAAUAGUUGACACUUCUUGCUUUUAGUACAAACACUUCACCAGUGAUGUGGAAGUCAUCUGCAGCACAUUGAAUCGCCUGAGUCCUGAGGAUACAAUUUCAUCGCAAAGUGAAUUUGGUAUCUUUUUGAAAGUAAUACAAACUUGGGAAAUGGAGGACUUCCUGCUGAAGGGCCUGCUAGGGUGAAUUAAGCUACAUGUACCCCAAAAGUGUGUGUGUUUUUCCACCGGCUAAGGAACAAAGGACUAUAGGUUCAAGUCUGCGGGCGGUCUUCAGGUCACACAUAGCAUUUUCAGAGUUCAGUUUUUUUUUUUGCCUUCUGCCAUUACCUGCCCUGCCCUGCCCACCUGCCAUUUAUGUGUUUUCAGGAUUGUUGUAGGAUCUCAAGUUUUGCCUGAUUUCUGGUUAUUCUUAUAUCUAGGCUCACUUUCAUGUCAGCCAUUUUAUUAGCUCUCUUUCUGUGCUGAAACACUAAUGAAUUGUGGUGUUGAUAUGAUAAAGUUCGGGCUGCAUGGCCAGCUUCACAUGGCUCCCAGUUGUGUGUGAGAAAAAGUUAUCUUGUAGAUCAUGUAGUUCUUGUUGAUCUUUAGUCAUUACAUAUAUUUUUGCCACUUUAACAUUGUCCAUGAUACACUUUGUUUGACUCCCAACAUUGAUUGCAUUAACCACCCUUUCAAAUUUCCACUGGGCAUUAUAGUCAUCCCAAGAGAAAUUCAAGACAAAGCUUAUGCAAAAUUUUGUGGGGCAAACAAGGUGUAUUAUGGGCAUAGCAGUAGUAGCAAGCAUUUUCUUUUGUGAUAAAAUGCAUAUAUAUGUAAAUGUUCAAAAUUAAAUGCAGUUAAAUGAAAUUUAAUGUUGUUAACAACAAGGAGCUAUAGUCUUGUUAGCGGCAUUUUGACAUGUUUUUGAUGGUGUCUGGCCAGUGUCUAUUCUAGCACAGCAGGCAAAGAAAGUAGUGUCUGAUAGCCCGGGGCUACUAGAUUUUGCUAUUGGUCGAGUGAAUUCUGUUAUCAACUUGCCCGACGGGCAAGUGAAGUUUUUUGAGGAAUACAAAUUACAGAAAAACUGUGAAAUCAAUCUGCUCAUCAAAACGUUUUUGGGGCUAGUUGAAAUGAUGUUUGGGCUAGUAAAUGUUAGCUUCAGCUUGCCCGAAUGGCAAGCUGUAAAAAUGACUUUCUUUGCACCCUGUAGCAUAUUGUAACACUUGAACUGUUUACAUUUUUUUGGAGCUUCAGGGUAGGCCACACAAAAUUCUAUUGAAUCCAUUAAAUUGUCUUGUGAAUUGUGUCCAUUUUAAAGAACCUUGACUUUUCCUUAGAUAUGUGCGACCUCUUUGAAGCAAUGUAAGUAAUAAUAUUAUGAGGGUAGAUGGAAAAAAUCCUAAGUACAUGAAACUUGUGAUUUUUUUUCAAAUUCUCCCUUCAUUUUACAGGAAAUGAAGUAAAAUGUGUAGGGAGAAUCUAAACUUGCAUCAGAAGAUACUGUUACUGGCUGUUUCCCAGUCACUCAUUCAUUAUUUAAGUCUUUUUUUAUAAAUAAGUUUUUCAAUGUCAGGUAGUACAUUGUUAAUCUUAGGCAUGUUCUUCUCCUUAUCAGCAAGGAAAACAUUAGUUUACCAGAAGUAGAAGACAUCUUGCUUCCUCCUCCUUGUGUGUUUCGACUUAUUUUAGUGUAUGGACGCUCGCUGUGCAUGCCCAAAUUGUCCCCAGAAGGCAAGCAGGUUUGUUCAUGUCUUUGUUCUGCCAAUUAAUGUUAUGUCUUUUAGCAGGUAGUAGAUGUUUAUGUAUCUACUGCUUAACCCAUUUGCCGCUGAACUGGGCGUUAAGGCCAAUGCGGAUCCACAUCUGUUGUACCCCUUAUGAUGUAAUCAGUUUUAACAGUCAGGGCAACUUUGUCAUCUAAAAUCCCAUGCGAACAGAUGGAACAUUUUUGGAGGUUACUGUACAUGUUGCAUCCGUUUGGACACCCAGUGUUGCAUGUUGUUGCGUGUUGUUGGGAGUUGUUGCACAAAGCUUGAAAUGGUUCAAAGUUUGACGCCAACAACUCCCAACAUUUCUUUUGUUCCAUGAUUGCCAAAGCAUAGUGCAGCAAUGUUGCAUCCAUUUGCACACUACUGCAAACACGGACAAAACAACUCCCAACGUUGUUGGGCCAAACAGCUUGAUUACCUUCAAAGCACGUUUUUGGCAAACUUGCUGGAGAAUAAUGCUUUACUGGAUAUUUAGGAAAGUUAAGCCUUUGUUAUUCAAAAUAAUAAUUAUUUUAUUGAUAAUUAUUAUUUAUAAAAUCAACAUUUUCAUGUUUUAUUUGUUUCAGAUAUUGUCAUCACUACUGGUGUCACCAUAUUUCUUUCUUGAUGUAUUGUACGUUCAUGAGCUACCAUCUGAGCUUAACCUUUGCAAAGUGAGUAGUAUAAGACUUAUACUUAUACUUAGUAUGAAUGUUACUGUAAAAUUUUCAAAACAGGUUUUCUAAAGGAGCUGUUUCACGAAAUUCAGCCAAAUUAGGAAAUUUAAAAAUGCCCAUUAAAUUAGGAGAAACAUAAAAAUAACCACUUAAAACUUUAAAGGAAGGUUAAAAUAACAUAACAGAAACAACAGGUGCCACGGAUGGGCAAAACUGAAGAAGAUUGAAAAGGAUUAAAAUUAGGGUUUUUGAAAACUAUGCAGCCUAACAGUUUUUCAAAGUUGAUCCCUGCUGCUUGCAAAUUCAAAAAUAAUGCUCAGGAGACAUAUUUGUUUGUCUCGGAUCUUUGAUUUUGUCAUUUACCCGUCCUUAAUUUCUUUGCCUACUUUAAGUUCCAUAGCGAUUGAGGACGAGUAAUUGGCAAAAUCAAACAAAAUGAACUGGACUGCCGUGACACAGCCCCUUUAACCUAUCAGGUUUAGGAUUAAACGGAAGAAUUAUCUAAUAUGGGGUGGAUUCAUUUGCAACAUACCUGUAUAGCUGUCGCAUUUUUCCGGUUGGAAUUUUUGACUGUUUUUAGGUUACAAACAUGAAUUAACCAUAAAUGUACAUGUGCAUGCAAAAAUCCUCAGCUCGCGUAUAGCUUGGCUAAUCGAGGUGGGCAGAGGGAAAAAUAAAGUAAUUCACUGGGAAGAGAUUGAGGACACAAGAAGAUUGACUGAAGUUAUUACGAUACAACAUAACAAAAUCACAAACUUAUUUUACAUUUUAUGUCAUCUUCCUAAGUUUUUUGGUGUCAACAUGAGUAUCGUCCAAUUCUAAAAUAUGUAAAAGAAGCUAAUGUAAAGAAGCCUUAAAUUUGUGUUUAGGGAGUACUCGGACACUUUGAGGAAUACUGUUCCACUGAGUGUGAUUCAUUCUGGUUCCUCAGAGUUCUGACAAUAAUAAUAAAAAUAAUUAUCAUCGUCAUCAUCAUCUUUAUUUCUAUAACGCCGUUUCUACUGAUUAAAUGGCUUAAAAGGGCUACAGAAAGAUUCUGUGGCUCCCAAAAAGACUGAAAUCGAGAAAAUUUUUUAGUUUUUUGAUUGAUUCAUAUUUAAAAGAAAGUGUGGUUCGAGCAGUUUAAAGAGGUGCAAAUUUCUAAACUAGGUACAUGUAUUCGAAAAGGUCACCAUUCGUCAAUGUAAGUUAUACAAAAGGGGUACCUUUGGUAUAUAAAAGGGUAAGGGAUUGGACCUCGGGGCAAAUCCUCCGCGUAUAAAACUUUGUUGAGUAUACCCCCGGACGGGUAACUCCCUGAUCCUUUUACCUGCUUCCUCUGCAGGAAGUCUAUGAUUACUUCUGUGACAUGGAUGAAGAAGAAGAAGGCUACAUCCUAGAGGUGUCACGCAGUACUACACGUUUGUUUGACCACAUGGCUGCGUUACUUGCCCAUCCUUUGCAAAGACCAAAACAGCGUGACACGUUCUACAAACUAACGCCAAGGGAAGAGACAGAGUCUGUCGUGUAG